AUGUCCAUAACCAACGACGAGAUUGAAGAACUCCGCCAACUCUGUCCAAAUCUCUACUCUCGCAACGAUGCCGUCUUUCCAGACAAAGCAGCUCCAUGGUCGAUCUGGGCGGAUCGAAACCCCCAAUUUGCGAACGAACCACAGGAUAUCGAGACGAUGCAAGCAGUCGUGAAAUACCUUUACUCUCACAAAUCUAUUGAUUUCUGCGUCCGCAACACUGGCACAGGAGGUGCUUCUGCGACGGACAUUGUGCUGUCCAUGCAUGGAUUCAAGGAGUUGGAAUUCUUUCCCGAAGACGAGACUGUGGUUGCUGGUGCAGGACUAUCGUGGGGAGAGUUGGACCAGUUGAUGGAUCAGAAGACGGACGGCUACGGCUGCGUUGGUGCAAGAUGUACUUGGGUCGGCGUCACUGGUGGUCCGUUGGUGGGAGGUCUGAGCUGGUUAAGCCACGAAUACGGAUUGAUUUCUGAUCCGCAGAAUUGGCUUGACGCCGAGGUUGUGACUGGUGAUGGGAAUUGUAGAUGGGCGGUCAAGGAAGAUCCGGACUUGAUGUGGGCUUUAAGAGGAGGUGGUGGGAACUUCGGGGUGGUGACCCGUCUAAAACUCAAGGCCUAUAAAGUCCCCUCGAAAAUCUUCUGCGGCGUGAUACUCGUACCCUACUCUUCCCUCCACGAAGUUUCCAAAGCUCUGGCAGCUUUCGACAAACGACCAUCAGACCCAAAGAUCGCCAUGCACAUUAUGAAUCAAGGUUUGGGGGCCGGUCAGACAGACCAAGGUUCGAAACCCGGCAUCAUCCUCAUGCCGAUCGACUUCCGUGGCGAAGCGCACGCUCGAUCAGAGGAAGGGUUUGGAUGGGCUUGGAAAGUUACCGGUGCACAAGAAGCCGUAGCAAUGGAGACGACUCUGACGGGAGUGAAUGCGUUGAACGACACAUUCAAAGCCUUCCAAGGAAGGAACGAAUUUUGGUUAGCUGCACCGUUGGUUAGCGAGAUUGACGAGGAGAUGCUGGUCCGGAUGUGGAAGUGGUAUGAAGAGACUUAUGAGUUGCAUCCCGGGUUUGGGGCUGGAAGCGUGGUGCUGUUAGAGUUCAUGCAGGAGGCUUCGUUCAAUUCCACGUCUGGCCCUGAGACAACGGCCUUCCCGCAUGGUAGAGGGCAAAGGCAUGUAUUGCAGACCCAGCUUGGGUGUCCGCCGAAGUCGAAGACAAAGGCUGGUGGCGAUAGUAGGGAGUUGGCCAUGUUGCGCAUGAGCCAAGCUGGGAAGGAGAUUGCAAAGGAUGCAUAUACCGGCGAAUGGCACGCUGGGUUCUUACACGACUGGAGCGACCUGAAAGAGGUGUAUGGUCCGAACUAUGAGAAGCUCAAGCAGGUGAAGAGGAGGUACGAUCCUGAGAAUCGGUUCAAUAAGGGAGUGAACCUCACUGAAGGGAAGAUCACGGAAUGGAUGACGGUCUAA